AUGUGUUCCAAUUUCAAUUUCAAUUUAAAAAUCGUUGUUAAGUUAUUGUGUUGUAAUUUAUUAUUUAUCCCUCUGGUAAACAUGGAUAAUAACAAUAAUUUUGUUGGUAACAAUACUAAAGUGACAAUGGAGACGAACUCGAGUCUUCUGAAAGUAGUCGGAAACAACUGCAUAAUUUAUGUUCGUACUAACUACGGCGACAUCGAGGUGGUCGGCAACAAUUGUCGGGUGGAGGUGACGAAUAACUACGGGAUCAUCCACGUUGUGGGCGCAAACGGCCUUGUGAACAUCAACAAACGUUGGAGAGGCGACAGCGUUCAGCUCCUCGGGGCGAAUUGUAGGCUGAUCGUUGCGGGGAAGCUGAUGUCAGCCCCGUCCUACGAGGCCCAACUGUCGCCAUCCAGCACGGACCUGGACGACGUUAUUGAACCGAUUUUCCCAUUCGUGAUGCAGUGAAUAGUGACGAACUCAAAUGGAUUUCGCUUUUGUGUGUUAUACAGUGAAAGAUACGUGGCACCUUCAGUGACUUUUGAUGUGGUUUCUGUGCUUUAGGUUGCGGCUCGAGGUCAUGAUGUAGAUGGGUCUGUUUAAAUA